CCAUUACCUAACCCUAACCCUUACCUUAACCAUAACCAUUACCAUUACCUAACCCUUACCUUAACCAUAACCAUUACCUAACCCUAACCUUAACCAUUUUAAAUGUCAACUUCAAUGGGGUAGGGACCUCCCAAGGGUCCAGGAUAGCAAAGACCCUGACAAGCCUUUCUAGAUGAGUCAUACUGUUCCUAAUCACAUACCUGAAGUCAUCAAUCAAGCAUUCCUUUGUAGCUUGACUCACAAAUCACAUUUUUUGCUUAAGGGAGAAAAUUCUACCACAGAGAUGUAUUCCAGGGAUUUAAUUGGAGAGUGCUGUUCCACAAUGGAGCACAUCUGUGUUCUAGACAAUUGAAUAACUGUACAGUCUUCAUAAUUUACAUUAAAGUUGUGAAUACAGUGUACAUUGUAGCAGUUGUAGUUGUCAACUCUGAACUGCCUUAUACCAUUCUAAGGUAUCGAAUUACAGUACUGUAACAGAAAUAGACACUGCCUAAGGUAUCUAAUGACAGUACUGUAACAGAAAUAGACACUGCUGUGCUGUAUGUAAUGGAGCGUGACAUUUUCGUCCUCAAUUUGAUCUUUCAUUUUUUGAUGCUGCUAUGAUGUGUGAGUGGAUGAAUACUUGCAAAGGAAACGAGGGAAUAAGAGGGUCAUUUACAUGUCUACUCAUCUUGUUGUUUACCCUGCAACUGGCUGAAAAUGUAACUUCGGUCUCUCUGGUGAAAUGUCUCUACUCUGAGGACUGUGUGCUGACAUGCAGCUUCAAACCAAAUGAAGAAGAGUUGGUUCACUGGUAUAAACAACAGAUGCUCGUCCAUAGCUACUACUAUCGAAGUGACCAGUUACAACUGCAGAAUGGACAUUUCAGUGGAAGGACCUCUUUGUUCAAAGACCAGCUUGUUCAUGGAAAUGCAUCGCUCCUACUAGAGAGGGUAGAUGUUUCAGAUGAGGGCCUAUAUAAGUGUUACACCAGCACCGUGAUGGGUAACAAGGAAACCUUUGUGGAUGUUAAGGUGGAAGCUCUCAUUCAGUCAGUGAGAAUGGAGAUGACUGGGGAGGUGGUCUCCUGUUCAUCUGAGAACAUCUAUCCUGCCCCUGAGGUGGCAUGGUCCACAGACCCAUUGUCUGGCCCAGAAACACUACAGAACUCCACCGUCAAAACCCCAGACUCCAAGGGUCUGUACAUAUUGGAGAGCAGAGUUAGGAUCCUGGGUAAUGUCUUUGACUACGCCUACUUCUGCUCUGUCAUCUCUGCAGACAAGGCCCAGGUGUGGACCACCUCCAUAAAGAAGACAGAGGAAUUGAUUGGAGAGGCAGGGCGAGAGCUGUCCAUACCCUGCAUUGCUCCACAGAACCUCCAGAACUUCUCCCUCACCUGGACCUUCACCAGAACCAAUGAUCCCACAGUCAUCCUCAGCUACGACAGCAGUACCAGACGGACCUCCAACCUCUGGGAGGGCAGUGCUGGACUGGAGAAGGACCAGGUUCUGAUGAGUAAAGGAUCCCUCCUUCUUCACAACCCAGAGAGUGAGGAACACUCAGGAACAUACACCUGUACAUUCACAGGCUUCCAGAGGAGACACAUGGUGCAAACCCAGGUCAACAUCACAGCCAGACGACCCACUGCAGGUGUAACCAACGUGAUGGCUGAUCACAUGCUGUGGAUGAUUCCUGCAGUGUCAACACUUCUGUGGCAGUCCCUGUGGAACUAUAUACACUGAGUAUACCGAACACUAGGAACACCUUCCUUUUCCCCUCAGAACAGCCUCAAUUCGUCGGGGGAUGGACUCUACAAAGUGUCGAAAGCAUUCUACAGGGAUGCUGGCCCAUGUUGACCCCAAUGCUUGCCACAGUUGUGUCAAGUUGGCUGGAUGGUCCAUCACCCAAAGGACACACGGGAAACUGUUGAACGUGAAAAAGCCAGCAGCGCGGCAGUGCUUAACACAAACCGGUGAGCCUGGCACCUACUAUCAUACCCCGUUCAAAGAGUUUAAAAAUCCUUAUUCAACCUGUCUCCUCCUCCUCAACUACACAAACUUUAGUGGAUUUAACAAGUGAAGUCAAUAAGGGAUCAUAGCUUUCACCUGGAUUCAAAUGUCAUGGAAAGAACAGGUGUUCUUAAUGUUUUGUAUACUCAGUGUAUAAACGAAUACUAUAUUUGUGGAGUGAUUUCACAUGGAUGAGUUUAUACUUUGGGAGAGGGGUUAGAUGCUAGCAAUAUUUUUUACAUGGUAAACAAUGGCCAGACACACACUUACUCUCAGGCACAGUUUUAUGGCACAAGUUGUAUGGUUGAUUAGUCUGUGAACUCAAUUACUGUGGCCUGGCUUAAUGGAAUAAUGUGUAAUGAAGCAGACAGCAGGAGCUUGGCCUGGGUGGUGUGCAGGUUGUUGGAACUACUGCUUGAAUAGUUGUACAAAGUGCCGGUGGCACCUAAAUUGGGGAGGACGGGCUUAUAGUAAUGGCUGGAACGGCAUCAACGGAAUGGUAUCGAGCACAUCAAAUACAUGGUUUCCAUGUGGUUGAUACCAUUCCAUCCACUCCAUUCCAGACAUUAUUAUGAGCUUCCCUCAGCAGCCUCCUGUAACCAAGUCUGCAGUGACAAUGAAAAUAGUAUAUUCUGAAUGAGGAGAGGGUGGAGAACAAUUUACGCUUUUCUAAAUUGAAAUCCUAAUAAAAAAGUAAAAAUAUAAAACUAACUUUACCUCAGUGCCAAACCGAAACAUAAAAACAACCCUAUGAGCAGAGUAAGUUCAAAUGUAAUUAUAUUCAAUAUUCUGUCUUUCAAUGUACAUUUCCACAAUUUUAUGCACAAAUGUUUCAGGCUGUAUAUACCAAUUAAUGAUGUAUUAAAGUCUGAUUAAUCAGACUAACCUAAUGACUACUCAUGGUCAGGCAGGUUAAAGUUUUACUUGCUUGGUUAAUAUGUCCUUGUUUCAUCAAUGUUACAGCCACUUUGACAUGGAUUCACACGACACAGCUCAUUACACACACACACACACACACACACACACACACACACGCACACACACACACACAA